AUGGCAUUGCCUUCGCCUUCAUGUUUGACGGCGCAACUGCAUUUCCUAGCUCGCAACCCAAAAUACGAACACGAAAAGCCUUACACGCUUCGAUAUACCCCAAGCCCCAAAGACGGCCUUUCUCAGAGCAACAUUGACCGAGUCCAACAUGAAGUCAAGUUCCAUGAUCUGCGCCUUCGGUCCUUAGAUUACAGCGAGUGUGGCUUCACAGUGACCGACUGCUCAUCCAUCCUGCAGUAUGACGACUACGCAGACACAGAUAAGAUCGAGAAAGCACAUGCUCCAGAAGUCAUGGUUGCGGUGAGACUGGCUUUAGGAGCAACAUCAGUUGACCUACUUGACUACGUGGUGCGCCGGCGAGAUCCGAACUGGCCAAUUGCAACAGGAAGUCUGUACGCCUUCAAUCAGCCUGCUUCGAGGGCGCAUAUCGAUCAUACCUACGAAGGAGGCAGGGCCAUCAUUCAGGAAACUUUUGGGGGUGAGGCAGAUACAAUAUUGGCGCGACGCUGGCAGUGUGUCAACGUGUGGCAUCCUCUUCGAGGGCCUUUGGUCGAUUGGCCUCUGGCAUUGUGCGAUGCCCAGACCGUCGACUUCGCACGGGAUACGAUGGCGGGCGAUGUCGUCGAUCGUGACAACGUUUUUGAAAAUACACAAGUUCAUUUCAACGAGGGACAAAGAUGGUUUUACCUCUCAAAUCAGUUGCCGACAGAAUUGCUGAUCUUCAAGAACGCUGACUCGCAGGAGCCCCUGGGGGCGACUCCUGGCGUUCCGCAUGCCUCUUUCGAUAAUCCCAUCACAAGCAAGGAGGAUUUUAGAAGGGAAAGCAUUGAAAUGCGUGUAUUGGUUCAAUGGGACUGA